CUCAGUCAUUGAUCAGUUAUUGAUUUUUUUUCCAAUAUUCCUGGUGUUGGUUCUUGUUCUUUUCUUUUCUUUCUUCUCUGGUGAUUCCAGAUGUAGAUCCUCUGUUCCAGAGUUAGGAACUGAUGUUCAGAUGGUCUACUCUGUUGGACUCAGAACUGGUCCACAGUUGACCUCAGUGACCUUUGUGUUUUGAUGACCAGUCGGCCUGGACAUUAUCACUGAAUGGACACAGGAGUGGAGUCAGGUUUAACCUGGGAUUUAGACGUUGAUUUGAGUUGAUGUUCAUUGAUGGAAUGAGAUAAAGAAAUAUUUUCAUCAUUUUGUCAUUGGUUUAUUCAGUGAAACAUUCAUAUUCAUUUAUUAGACUGAGGUUCACUGACAGAUCACUGACAGAUCACUGACAGAUCACUGACAAGUCACUGACAGAUCACUGACAGAUCACUAGUCAUUUGUUGCUAAGCGACAGAUGACAACAUUCAGUCCGUGGUUAAAGUCUGUCCAUAAAAGGCAAAGUGACAUGAAAGGACGGUACUGGACAACAGUUCUGGAACUGGUUCUUGAGAACAAUGUCAGAAGUAGAACUGCUGCGGAGACGGCCAAUCACAGUGGAGUGAGGAGAGGAAGUGCACUGUGGUCGCCCACACAUGGUGUCAGUGACCCACACAUGGUGUCACAAGCGUUCCAGUCCAUGAUGUCUCGGUCAGGUGUGCUCCUCCUCCUCCUCCUCAGCGUCCUCCUGCUCCCCGGCUCCUCCCACUGCUGCUACCAGUGCUUCAUCAGUGCCGAGGACAGCUCCCGCCUCUGCUCCGGGUUCUACCUGAGCAGGUACGGCAUCAGAAACAUGGACGCCUGCUUCAGGAUGCUGGACGUGGUCUUCAACAACAACCACCGGGUGGUGGCAGCGGGCCGGGUGGCCAAAGGUCACGAGCAGGAGCUGAAGAAGAUUCUGGAAGCGCAGAUCCUGCCUCUGGCCGAUGAGUUGGAGUACGGACAGGUGGAGGACAGCGUGUACGAGCGGAAGUUACAGGCAGCGGCGGAGCGCUUCAUCACCGCCGCCUCCAGGGUGUCCCGGGACUCCGGCUGUGUCCCGCCCUGUGGCUUCCAGACUCAGGGCGGCUGGUACGACUGCAGCAGCUGCCAGUACGACUCCUGCCAGCUGCCUCUCGACUGUCCAAUCACAGACGUGAAUGUAACGGAGCGCCAAAGGAGCGCCAUGUCGUGCGACGUGCCGUUUCCGCUGCCGGUCAGCGUGGAGCUGGUCUGGAGGUUCGCUCAGGGACUGAGGACCCGGCAGCUGGACCGGUUUGAGGAGGUGUACGCAGGAGCGGACCGGGUUUACUCCAUCCCGACGACCGGGCCGCAGCACCAGGGAACCGUCAUGUGUGAGAUCUACUCGGAGCACAACUCCGUGGUUCGGCUUUUCUUCUACCUGUCGGUGACGUCGCGGGCCGCGGACCGACACCAGGAGCUGCAGGAACUGUUUGAAAGGUCUCUGCUGCCGGGAGGACGUCUGCCAUCGGUACCUGGCGCUCUUCGGCGCCCCCUGCCGGUUCCUUCAGUGCUGCUGGCGGCCUGUUUGACUGCUGUGCUGCUCCUGCUGCUCCUCUCACUGGGUGCCCUCUACUGGUCCGUGACUGCAGGUGAAACCAACCGUUUGUGGAAGGAUUAAGAUUUAGAGGGGAAGGACCGGGACCAGGACCUAGA